AUGACAUCCUACCUUCAGAAAAAUAUUAUUCCAGACCAGUGGAAGACCUCGCGAACCGUUCUUUUCCAUAAGAAAGGUGACCAAGAGGACCUUCGGGACUACCGUCCGAUAUGCUUGCUGAGCGUGUUGUACAAAAUAUUUACCAAGAUCAUCCUCACACGCAUACCUAGGACGCUGGAUGAAGCCCAACCUCAAGAACAAGCCGGAUUCAGUCAGGGGUUCAGCUGUUUGGACCAUAUCCAGACCGUGUCGGGGAUCAUAGAGGUUUGCCGGGAAUACCUCCUGCCCCUUGUUCUAACUGUCGUCGACUAUGAGAAAGUCUUCGACAGUGUAGAAACGAAUCCAAUACUGUCAGCGCUGGUCGAUCAAGGUGUGGACGCGUCGUAUGUGAGGACAUUAGCCAAUUGCUACGAUCGAUGCACCACUGAGAUACAGCUUUUCCACCUCCCCUUACCGUACUCGUUGGUAAGGGGAGGUGUUGUUCACGGCUGCAUUGCAAUGGAUAAUGAAAUCACUUUCCUGGGAAGAAAGGGGCAUACGUGUUGA